AUGUUACUGAUUGGGGGAGACACUCCGGAAGUCUUCUGGGUCCUUGAAGAGCGACGUGGCAGGAGGAAGGAGCCAUAUGCUGUUCGAUCUCUCUUGGGAUGGACUUUGCUGGGACCUACAGCGACUACCGAGAAGCAGUUCAGUUUCAAAGUAAAUCACGUUUUGCUUGAAGAUGACUUGCUGCUACGCACAGUUGAGAAAUUCUGGGAAAUGGACUUCGGCGGCAAGAUGGCUGAUGGUGAAGUUGCUGACUCGGUGGAAGACAAACGAGCUAGGACCAUCAUGACAGAAACUGUAACAAAGGUUGAUGGUCACUACCAGGUUAAGGUGCCUGAUAAUGACAGCGAUGCCCUGAGAUUUCUCUGGUGGCCCAACGGAGAUUAUUCCAAGGAGCCAACGGAUCAUAAGAUGCUGGUGCACCUGUUCGGUGCGACAUCAUCACCCAGCUGUGCCGGAUUUUGUCUCAGAAAGACAGCUGAAGACAACCGAGAGAACUUUGACAAGGAAACCGUCACCACAGUUCGGGAGAAUUUCUAUGUAGAUGAUUGUCUUGUGUCAACGAAGACAGAGAGUGAAGCCAUCAGGUUAGCCAGUCAGCUUAUCCAGUUAUUAGCCAAAGGAGGAUUCAGGUUGACCAAAUGGGCAUUGGAGCGUACCUUAGGCGUGAGAUGGGAUGUUGAGGCUGACCAGUUUGGGUUCGAAGCAGCUGUGAAAUGCAAGCCCGCAACAAGGAGGGGCAUCUUGUCAACUGUAAGUUCAUUGUAUGACCCCUUGGGUUUCCUCGCACCAUUUAUCCUGCCAGUUAAAAUUCUUCUUCAGGAUCUCUGUCGUCAGGGGCGUGGCUGGGAUGAAAAGGUGGAGGAAUGCGAGAUGAUGAGGUGGAAGCGAUGGCUGGAUGACCUACCAAGGCUGACGUGCGUGUUGUUGAUGUGCAUGGAAAGAUCCACUGCGCAUUUGUCAUGGAGAGGGGCCCGAUUGUGUCCAGUGAAACAGGUCACCAUUCCUCGGCUAGAGUUGUCAGCUGCAGUUUUGGCGGUGAGGUUGAAUCAGCUGAUCCAAAGAGAGAUUAGACUGCCUAUCACGGAGACAGUGUAUUGGACAGACUCCACGUCAGUUCUUCAGUACAUCCAGAAUGAGAGUCGCAGAUUUCACACAUUUGUUGCGAAUCGCGUUUCAAGGAUACAGAGUGGACAUGACCCAUCCCAGUGGCGGUACGUGGACACAGCCAGUAACCCGGCGGAUGAUGGCUCACGAGGAUUGACUGCAGACACCAUGAUCAAGAACCAACGAUGGCUGAACGGACCUGAUUUCCUGUUGAAGGAAGAACAACACUGGCCACUCCCACCUGUUGUAAUCAAGGGGCCCUACCCAGAUGUACUACCCGAUACUCUGCAGAGUGAUCCUGAGGUGAAGAAAGUUGUCCAGUCUUACUCAAUAGUUGAGAAGGAUUGUGUACAGGAGUUAGAUACUCAUCCUGGAGUCAAAUGA